UCAUCCGAGGGCGUCUCCUCCCGCUCUCGACCCCUAUUUCCCUUCUGAAUCUGGCCCGAAGGAGGGUGUCCUCAGCCCCCCGGCCUGGAAGCCGCGCACCCUGGAGGGUUCUAAUGGCGGCGCUAGCUGCAGGGUCCGCUCCGGCAGGCACCACCCCCUGCUCUCGCGGCAGCUCCUGGAGCGCGGACCUAGACAAGUGCAUGGACUGCGCAUCGUGCCCCACGCGACCGCACAGCGACUUCUGCCUGGGCUGCGCUGCGGCCCCUCCAGCCUCCUUCAGGCUGCUGUGGCCCAUCCUUGGGGGUGCCCUGAGCCUGGCCCUCGUUCUGGGGCUGCUUUCCGGAUUCCUGGUCUGGAGACGGUGCCGCAGGAGAGAAAAGUUUACCAGAGACCGGCGGGGAGGGCUGUCCUGGCGUGGCACUGAUCCAGUGACAGUGAGCACCCCCUGCCAGCAGGAGGCUGCGCCCACUCAUCAUUCAUUCAUUCAUUCUGGAGCCAGCCCCAGCCUCCCAGACACAGCCAGAGCCAGGCUGCUCCAACCACAGGGGUGUGGAGGGAUGGGGGACAGCGAAUCACCUCUCUGAGGCCUGGGUCCAGGCUUCAGAAGGGCCUUCCAAGGUGUCUGACUGCCCUGACUCUGGCUCCAGAAUAGAAAAGGAGACCCUGGCUGGCUCAUGCCAGACAGCUGAUACUAAGGAACCACAGCAUUUGCACAAGGGUCCCCCCACCCCCACUAUGGCCUGGGGGCCAGGCUGACCUGAGGGAUAGACACAACAUCAGGACCCACCCACUCAGAUGUACUGAAAUUCCACCACGGGGUCUCAGCCUGGGGGGCUAGGGACCUGUUCCUAACACUAGGGGGCUGGCCCUCUAGCAGGGCUGGCCCUAAGACACUGCCCCUCCAACCCCCAAAAGGGGGGAGAUAUUUAUUUUGGGAAGAAAGUUUGGAGGGGGAGAGAAUUUAUUAAUAAAAGAAUCUUUAACUUUAAA